AUGCCUACUGAAGAUACAAGGCAGCACCUACCUGCGGAUGAUGCGUCAAGCAUAUAUAGCCGCUCGACUCAAUGUCCAGAACAUUUGUUACCAUGCAAUUCGAAGCCAAUGAGAUUUCCGAUCCGUCACGAUCUGCCAGAAAUUAAUUCUCUGGACCACCAGAUCGCAUUAGCUCGAGGCUCUACGAUGGCGCUGGAGACUACUCGAACGCGUUUGAAAUACUCCAAGUCAGGAAGUCGCUUGUCAUUUCAAGAGUUGAGGGAAGAGAGAAUCUGUCAACGGGACCAACAAGAGAAUGAAAACGAAUUCUAUCGCUCUUGUUUCAAGAGUUUGCUCUCUUUGACAAUGGUCAUUUUUGAAAUUUCGCAAGAUUUGACGUUGCAGUAUCAUUUCGAGCCAGAGAUAAGUCCGCUUGGCAAUAGCCGCGUGUUCCAGGCAAUCCGCAAACUGUUUGUUGCUGUAGAGCAAUCCCGGAGCCAGGAAGCCCAGGCCGAACAAGCUUGGAAACAACAGUGGAAUGUCCCGCGGGUUAAUCCUACCACACGCUGGAUCUGA